CUCAGCAACCGAGAGCAAACAAGAACUCAGCUUUCACACACGCAAUUUCAUGUAGCGUGUGUAAGCUGCUGCUUUGCAAACUUCGUCAAUUUCAGGCUUUGAGCUGAUUGACCGGCGAUGCGUUUCAGUUUUGGCGGCGCCCAUAGCCUAACCCAUGAAAUCGCCAUCCUCACCUCAAGUAGCCCCAAUCUUGAACCCUAAUUCCAGCCCCAAUAAGAAUAUGCACGACCCGGAUGAGGCAUUGAAGCACGCUCUCCUCAAAUCGCGCCCGUGCCCCUUUUCUCAAUCCGGGUCAACAUCUCCUUACUCCGAGUCCGAACCCGAAUCCGACGCUUCAAACCAUAACCCUCUUCCCGCCGCCACCUCUCUGCUGUCCGAUGAGCUGCUGCUGAAAGUGCUGGAUAAAAUUCACGACAGGAAGCAGCAUAUCACGAAUUCUUUGGUUUGCAGGAGGUGGUGUGUGCUUUCCGGGAAGCUGGUUAAGUCAAUUAAGUUAAUUGAUAGGGAGUUCUUGGAGUCAGGUAGGUUGAGCUUCCGCUUCCCUAAUUUAGAAGAUGUUAAUUUAGUUCCGGCUUGCAUCAAAUCUGCGAGAAAUUCUGGCAUUUUGUUGAGUAAUAAAUUGAUUGAGGUUCGUUUGAGUUCGGGGAUGGUUGAGAAUGGUGAAGGUCUGUUUGUCAGGAAAGGGGAUGUUUUUGAGUCGAAGGAAAUUGAUAUCGGGGUGGCGAUAUUAGCUGAAGGGUGCAAGAAUUUGACGAGGGUAGUGCUGAUGAAUGUUAGUGAAGAAGGGCUGAGUUGCUUGGCGAAGGAAUGUGAGCUGUUGCAAGAGAUGGAGUUGCAUAAUUGUGGCGAUUUCGCGUUGAGGGGGAUUUAUAAUUGCAAGAAUUUGCAGAUUUUGAAACUGAAUGGGAAUGUAAAUGGGGUUUAUGAUUCUGUGGUUUCUGAUAUUGGACUGACUAUACUGGCACAGGGUUGCAGCCGGUUAGUGAAGCUCGAAUUGGUGGGAUGUGAGGGGAGUUAUGAUGGUAUUAAGGCAAUAGGGCAGUGUUGCCAGAUGUUGGAGGAAUUAACUAUAUGUGAUCAUAGGAUGGAAGGUGGGUGGUUGUCAGCCUUGUCGUACUGUAGGAACUUGAAGAGUUUGAGUUUCCAGUCGUGCAAGAAAAUUGAUGAGAAUCCCGGACUGGAUGAGCAUUUGGGAUCAUGUAUGAUUCUUGAGGAGUUGCAUUUGAGGAAGUGUCACAUGCAAGACAACCAGGGUGUGAAGGCGUUGUUUGUAGUGUGUCGGAGUAUUAGAGAGCUGGUUCUUGAGGACUGCUGGGGAUUGGACGACAGUGUCUUUGCUGCUGCCACUAUUUUUAGCAGGAGCAUAAGAUCUCUCUCACUGAAAGGAUGCUCGAUACUGACAACACAAGGACUAGAAUCAGUACUCCUUUCUUGGAAGGAGCUUGAUAGGCUUAGAGUAGUUUCUUGUAACAAUAUUAAAGACAGUGAAAUAACUGCAGAACUAGCGACCUUAUUUUCCCUUCUCAAAGAGCUAAAGUGGCAGCCGGAUUCCCGGUCAAUGCUAUCUGCUAGCCUUGCUGGUACAGGUAUUGGACAGAAAGGCAGUAGAUCUCUCAGGUGGAACUAACGAUCUAAGCCACGAUACCACGCACAUGUGCUUGUAUCCAUUUUGUUUGAGUGUAUUGGAUACAACCUUUUCCAGGUGAAGCCAACAAUUUUUGGUUGGGUGCUUGAUGAAGAUAAAAGUACAUUGAACCCAAUGAAGUUUUCUGGUGAGCCGACUUUCUCUCUGUAAACUUGCUUAGCCUCUUUAAUCAUAUACAGUUUCUACCCUUUAUGGUGUAUUUUCCCACUGAUAAUAGUGUAGAACAGUUAGGAGUUUAGAAGCUGGAGUUUUUAGUGAUGACUUUAGAUGCAGACAUAAAUUUUAGAAGAUAGUCCGUGAAAUCAGUUAUGGUGGCAGAGCUUCUUGUAUUUGUUAUACAAUAAUUUGCUAAUUCAAGCUGUAUGAAUUUUCAUAUAAAUGAACGAUUUUUUUGUUCCCAAAAUGUGGUUCUUGAUUCCAUGUGUUUUUAUUAGAGAGUGUUUCUUGCUAAUCUUGAUCGCUGUGUUUCAUUGCAUCCUCGAACGACUGUGGAAACUCUUCUUCUUCAUAAAGUGUAGCUUCGAAUGCCCUAGCCAUUUCGGUAAGGUGUCCAUGGGUAAGAUUUGCAAUAGAGUAUCUAGAUUUCCGCCCUUUCCAUGCCUGUCGUACUCCUGUGAGUUUCAGGUAGGAUACCAAUAUUGGGAUCAGAAGUUGUUACCUCAGGAAUCAAAGACUGGUCAGAUAGCUCGGCAGUGUCCUGAGGCGACAUGAUCUGUUCAUGGGAAUUUGGCUGCCUGGUAGUAUUACUCACUUCCGCUGUUGGACUGACAUCUAUGACGGGAUUUUGGGCAUUUUCCCUUGGAUUUUUCUCCCUUGGAAUGGUUUCUCCCCAUAGGGGUAGCCAAUUUAGUGCGUCACUAUUUGAACUACUCGUCUCACUCUCCCCCUGACCACUAGAUUGGCUAUAGAAAUAUUCACUUUCAAUAAAAUCACAGUUCAUAGUGACAUA